GUGGCUCGUUGUCUAAAUUGCCCUAACGGCCCUUGACUUGUCUUUAACUUGCAUUCAUGUGAUCGCUAACGUGAUACUCAGUCUUACAAGCGAAACCUAUAGGUAUCCGCAAAAUCUGAAACCUCUGCCUCUGCUUGGUUUAAUGCUUUAUCACAUCAGUAUAAUGAGAUGCCAAAGUAGUCUACAUACAAGAGAAUGACUGUAGUACAGCUUGUCUUUUGAAUAUUGGAGCCUUUUGUAGGAACGUUAUUAAUGGAACCACAUUCAUAAGAAUCGGAGCGGGCUGAGUUCCUGAAGCUCAAACAGCAGCUGGAGAUGGAGUUCAAUCAGAAGCGGGCCAAGUUCAAGGAGCUCUACCUGUCUAAAGAAGAGGAGCUGAAGCGGCAGGCUGCGUCUCUGGAGAGCGCCCAGGCAGAGCUGAGCCGGAUGCAGGCCCAGUUGGCUGAGGCCAAAGCAGAGAUGGAGAACAUCAAAGCUGUGGCCACCGUCUCUGAGAACACCAAGCAGGAGGCCAUUGACCAGGUCAAGCAGCAGUGGCAGGAGGAGGUGGCCUCCUUACAGGCCAUCAUGAAGGACACAGUGCGGGAGUAUGAGGUGCGAUUCCACCAGCGGCUGGAUCAGGAGCGCACUCAGUGGGCACAGUACCGCGAGAAUGCCGAGAGAGAGAUUGCUGAACUCCGUCGCCGCCUCUUGGAGGGCCAGGUGGAAGAGAAUCUGGAGAAUGAGAUGAAGAAGGCUCAGGAAGACGCAGAGAAGCUUCGUUCUGUGGUGAUGCCAAUGGAGCAUGAAAUCGCAGCACUGAAGGCCAAGCUGACGAGCUCUGAAGACCGGGUGAAGGAACUGGAGGCCGCCAAGGUGAAGGAGCUUAACCACGUUCUGGAGGCGGAGAAGUCGUGCCGGACUGACUUGGAGAUGUACGUGGCUGUCCUCAAUACCCAGAAAUCUGUCCUCCAAGAGGAUGCGGAGAAACUUCGGAAAGAGCUCCAUGAAGUUUGUCACAUGCUGGAGCUGGAGAGGCAGCAGCACAACCAGCUGAAGCACACCUGGCAGCGCGCCAACGACCAGUUCCUGGAGUCACAGCGGCUGCUCAUGCGGGACAUGCAGCGCAUCGAGAGCGUGCUGUCCUCAGAACAGCUGCGGCAGGUCGAGGAGAUGAAGAAAAGAGACCAGGAGGAGGACGAGAAGCAGCGGAUAAAUCAGGCUAAAGAGGCCGGUGAGGACGACAGCACAGAACAUGCAGAGGCAGCAGAGGACUCCCUUCUCGGACUUUCCAUAGAGGAGUCUCACCUCAAUCACAGCAUCCACAGCUCUUUACACUCACUGGAUGAGGACACCCCAGGCCGCCCGGACUCGUCCGACCCCUACAAAGACGGUCUGCGGCGGGUCCAGUCUACGGACAGCCUGGGCUCCUCUGGCAGUGUCUUGCAGCCCCAGGGCCUGGGCGGUCACAACCAUAAAGCCAAAUCGGCCAGCAACUUGGAUGAGUCGGACUUUGGGCCGCUGGUCGGUGCUGACUGCGGAGGCUUCGAGAGCCCCGACGUCUCGUCCAUCACUUCACUGCAGCCAACUCCGGGCCAUUUCCUGCUCACCAAGGACCAGGAGAAGGCUAUCAAGGCCAUGACUCCAGAGCAGGAGGAGACUGCCUCACUGCUCUCCAGCAUCUCUCAUUGUCCAGAUACAGCGUACCUGCCUCCGGCUGGCUACCGCCUGGUCAGCGAGACGGAGUGGAAUCUGCUUCAACAAGAGCUGAAGAACGCAGGGAGGAAGUUGGGCCGGCGGUGCGACAUGUGCUCCAACUAUGAGAAACAGCUUCAAGUCAUCCAGGGACAGGAGGCAGAGACACGAGAUCAGGUGAAAAAGUUGCAAGCCAUGCUUCGGCAGGCCAACGAUCAGCUGGAGAGGACGAUGAAUGAGAAGCAGGAGUUGGAAGACUCAGUGAAGCAGGGCAAUGAGGAAACCACUGUUAAGGUCACAGCACUUAUGCAGAAAGUCCAGGACUCAGAGUCUACACUGAGUACUCUCCAGCAAGCCUUCAGCCAGGCCAAGAGGAACACUCAGGAACAGAUGUCUGUGUUGCUGCAGUCCCGGGAGCAGGUGGCGGAGGAACUGAGCAGGCUGCAGAAGGACAAUGAGAGUCUACAGGGCAAACACAGACUGCACAUCGCCCUGCAGCAGCAAGAGGACUUCCACAUGCCCACUACCGUCCAGGAACUACAGUCGUUGGUGCUGCAGUUCCGGGAAGACAUAGUUUCGGCACGUACGGCAGCAGAGCACCUUGAGGAGAAACUGAAGGCAGAAAUCUUGUUCCUAAAGGAGCAGAUCCAGGCAGAGCAGUGUCUCAAAGAAAACAUGGAGGACACACUACAGCUGGAAAUUGAGGGAUGCAAAGAGGAAAUAGACAUCCUGGAAGCAUCAUUUUCUAGCCUGAAGACAGAGCUGGAACGAGUGAAGAGCGAAAAGGAGCAGAUGGAGAGCAGUCUGGCUGAGAAAAGCCAGGCAUUAGAGAGUCUACAGAGCCUGAAGAGUAGCCUGGAGGAGCAGCUCAAAGACGCACUCUCCAGCAAAAGCGCUUUGGAGAGUCAGGUGUUCGAUGAGAAAGAUAAAGCACAGCGGUUGCAGACGGAGCUGGACGUCAGCGAGCAGGUCCAAAGAGACUUUGUCAAGCUGUCUCAGACUCUCCAGGUCCAGUUGGAGAGGAUCCGGCAGGCGGACUCUUUAGAACGGAUUCGCGCCAUCCUAAACGACACCAACCUGACAGACAUCAGCCAGCUCCCUGAGACAUGAUACUGCCACCCAUGAUUCGUUAUCAUCAUCCUCCUCCUCCUCUUCCUCUCUGUUGCAUAAACACAUAUAUGGUCAUCUCUCCUUUCCCCACCUCUCCAGCCCCAACGCAUCAGUGUCUCCUCCAUCCCUAUUGGACAGACUCAGGGACCCUGGAAGUGGCCUGAGCUUUUUAAACACUCGUUCUUGUCCCUAAAAAAACAAGCAGAGAACGAAUGCGAACUAUACACUGAAAAGACCUGAGGCUGCAAGUUCUGGAGAAACACUACGACUAUCUGCUGCUGCUGUUGGAGGACGUAAUCAGAAGUUCAACCUGAGAAAUGGACUGAUGCCAUUGGAGAAAUGUGGGAUGCAGCUAAACAUCUAACAUGGAGCUUUUGUAGCCUUUUAAAAUUCUCCCAUUUUAUUUCGCAGUUCAACUUCUUAAUUAGCGCUGGAUUUCCCAAAAGCACCUUAGCACAAAAAUGAUUCUUAAAUGGUAGAGAGAGUAUCAUACUGAACACUCUCUCUCUACCAGUUAGGAUGAUCUUAACUUUAAGAUGCUUUUGGGAAACUGGCCCAGGUCAUUUGAGAUACGGGCUCCGUGGAGAUCUAAUAAUGUGGCCACUGAGAACAAAAAAAAAGUUCUGUGAUGCCAUCAAGCUUCUCUCUCUUUCCCCCUUGGUUCCUGGCCUACUUCCUCACUUCCACCCCGUCUGCUGAGCCUAAAGGCAGGGACUUAAUGAAGGAGACAGACCCACUUCUAGUAUUUGUACAUAACCAUGUAUACAGAAUAUAUAUGUAUAUUGCAUCAAGUUAAGUUAAUUCGUUAAGUAUAUGUGCUCCCUCCUUCCCCCCUCCAGACCCUGUGUUUGCCUCGGUCCGUGAUUCAUUUCAUAGAAAUGUCAGUUUUCUUGCCGGUUUUGGUGUCAGUACUUUUUUCCCCAUUUCUUUUUUCCCCCUCUCUGGUGCAUUUGUCUACCUUCAGCAAAAUUGGAGAGAGUUUUAAACCGCUCUGAUUUCUUUACCUAGCCAGAUUUCACACAGACGAAUUGAGGACCUCCAAGACCUCGCUAAAAAUAUGUGAUUUUUUUUUUCUGUUAUUUCAGCCGACUGGCUUCUCUUUACUGGUAUUAAGUGCUGUUUUUGGCAACAUGGCUUUUUUCCGUUACCUGUCAGCUUGUGCUUGGUGGUCCGAUGAUAUUUCUAUACUUGUUUUUUUCCCCCCGUUUGUGAAGCCGGAAAUGCUUUGGUUGAUUUGUCAUUGCUGCACAACUAACCAAGAUUCAUGCAAAAAGCUUCAGUGGACUCCCAUUGAUGCCACUGAUCUGCAUCACUUGCUGUCCAAUGAGAGUACACUAUGCGUCUAGCCUAGCUGCUACUAUCUUCAUCUUUAGCGUCCAGUGCAACUGUAAGGCUCAUCAAGUUGAAUACUGUGUGUUCACCAUGGUGACAGAUUGUUAAUCUUUGUGUAUGUGUCUCAUGUGCAGUGGAAGAUGAAUUAAAACUGCAUAUGAAAUCUUUCUGAACCAAAGUUAAGUGAUAUGUUCGCCUGGACUAUUUGGGGCAACAUAUUUGAGUAGCAAAAAAAAGUAAGGAGUAAGGGAGGAGAGUGCAGUUUAAAAAAAAGUGUACUAAAAGGAACAAUGGCUGCGUGUAUGUAUCUCGUCUUGUGGCUUGUGCUCACAGAGCGUCAUCUGGCUGCUUCUCAAAACACUUAACAAAUGAGGAGACAUUUGUUUUUGGAUCAUCUGCAUUUUUGACAGCUGAAGUGCUUUUAGACUAGAUAUUAUUAAGUGUACUUUUUGUUUUUCCCUCACAGUUCACAUUAGGUGAAAUGGCACAUGGCUUGUUUUUCUUACCCUGCUGAUCUUGGCCGGACUGCAUGGUCGUAAUUUUUCCAAUCUGGAGAGGUUUGUUGGAAAGUCAGAUAUUUUUUUUUUUUAUAUAUAUAUAUAAAUCUCGUGCUACUGAUGUUUAUUGGAAAUGCAGUUGUGCUUAAAAACACAGUUGUACAUGUCCCAGAAGUGCAUGUGACGACCAUUUAAAGUUAGAUAUUCCACUUAAAACUUGGUGGUUUUGGUAAAAGAUUAUGCAGCCACACUGGGAACCAACCACAUUUUGUAGAAGUAUCUUCACUGUUAACCUUGCCAUGUCUUAUAUGAAUCGACCUCUCCAGGCUUCGUCCACAAAUGUGUUCUUUUGUAGCAAAAUAAUCCCAUUCAGCCUCAUGAUAAAUUCUAUUGCACCUCAAACUGCUUAUAUUAUUCGCACUGAAAUGCUACAGUAUUUACAGUUGCUACAAAGGGUUGAGUUUUUGGUUUAAAAUGCUUUGCUGUCAAGCUGGACUGUGUUGUUAAUCACAACUAGGCAGGUUAGAAGCAAGAUAUAGAAAUUGACAUGAUAAUUUCAUGACCCAAAAAAAAAGACUAAGACUAAUCUUUCAGUGCAUAAUUUCAAAAUCAUUUAAAAUGAAUAACACACCCUGAGUAUUUUGAUAAACCCAAACUUGUGCACUACAGUUUCUCUUCAGGUUCAGUGAGACUUGUAAAGCUUGUCCAACCUCACAACUAUAAAUAUGAAAGAACAUUUUUGUGGGCAGAGUUUGGAUGAGUCAGUUUGUGAUAGCUGAAACCCAGUGGCAUCUAAACUGACAUACUCUGCGCAAGACUAUGUAAGCAAAGCUGCUGAUGAAACACUCCCUGAAGAUGUGAAAUGUUAAAAUGAGAAUGUGUAGAUGAGAACUUCAACCCUGAGAACAUCAGUGCUUUGUUUAUGCAGCGGCUGCUCCGCUAUCGAUGAAUUACUGCUGGAAAAUGGCAAACUUGGGCAGCAUUGUGUAGCAGGAAUAAGUGCCAUGUGCCAUUUUUCUCACUUUCUGAUUUUGACCUCUACAUGUGGGCUGCAGGGUCUUCUCUCGGCAUUUGUAACACUCAAAAAGCACCGUUUAUACUCAUUUACAUAGAAGUUACAUUUUUGGAGGUGCUGCUUCUGUUGGUAGUUUCAGUUUUUGCAAGCAGGAACAUCAAACCACAAGACAGUGAAUUGUUUUUAACUACAGUUUUCAAAACCUCUAAAUAUUGAUGGAACUCUAAACCACAUAACAUCAGAAGGUGUGGAGAUCUACACCAUUUCCCUCUCAUCCAGUAUAAUUUACAUUACCAUCUACUCGUGGAGAAUCUUUGUUCGAAGAUGACAUUAACAGUUCUGAUUCCGUUCGCAUGCUGUGUCGCAAAUUCAGAAGCCCUUGGAAGUUUCUAUACUGUAUUGUGUACAUAUCUCUGUAUAUAUCUAAUAAACCGAAUUGUACUUAAA